AUGGGUUCAUCACUUCAACAAAAAAUAUCCUAUCUGGAUAAGCAUGUUAUUGAGGAGCAAAGAAAUGAUUCAAGAAAACUCUAUUUGGAAAAUGGCACUUUGAAAACAAAAAACCAAGAGUUAGCUACACAAAUAGAUGACAUGGUAGUAAUACAUUGUUCAGAAAGAUGUCAAUUGUAUGAACAAAUUAACAAGCUGGAAAUUGAGUUAUCAGAACUUAACACACACAAAAAGAAGAUUGAAAAACAAGAAUUAUUAAUAGAGGAAAAUGUAAAUUUAAGAGAAAAACUUCUAAUACUUGAAAAUGUUUCACAAUCAUUGAGAGAUGAAAAUAUUCAUCUACAACAAACAAUUCAUAACCAUUGCAACACGAAUGUGCUUCAAAAUAUGAAUGACACUUUAAAUUGUGACGAAGUCUCAAAUCGAGUUAAUGAAUACGUUGCUGAACGAGAGUUAUUACUAGAAGAAAUUCAACACUUAAAUUUGGAAAUUGGUUUAAGAAAUAGGAAAAUUGAUUCAUUACUAAAUGAAAACUCAAUCUUAAGACAAGGAAAGCAACUAGAACAAGCAUCUUUGGAAAAAUCAAUGAAUCUGUACGAAGAUUUGAAGAAUAGCGUAAGAGUACAAACUUUAUCAAAACAUCCUACAGAAAUCCAGAAAUCGCCAUCAUUCUCAAUCCAAACUCAAACUCCAAAUACAGUGUCAAAUGAUGUGAGUUGUGAAACUGAAAGACAACAAACAAUCUCAACAAGUACUCAGACAGAUCUGUUCCCAAACAAACAAGUCGAACAAGAAAAACCAAAACUCUCCCUAACCCCCUCAAAAACCAACAUAUCUCCAAAAAUAUUUAGUCCAAAACAAUCACCCAAACUCCUCAAACUUGAAAAGACUUCGGCCAGCAAAUCAAGAAAUAAGAAAGAAGGAGCCUCCACAGAGAAGAGUCCAUAUCGAUUUUUCUUGCAAGGACACGAUUUUAAGUAA